AUGACCGAGUCAACACAACAACCCGCGGGAUCUUCCCCGGCCCUUCCGCAGACCCCUCCCCUCAUCCAUAACGCCGCCAUCGCGGCCUCGGUACUCUGCCCGCUCAUCAUGUUGAUGCCUCCGCGGCGGCGCGACUGGCGCUUCUACAUGCUUGCGACGGGCUUCACGGCCUCAAUGAACCAGCUCAUCUACGACUGGACGGGCCAGUCCGUCUACCAGGGCGUGCAGUCGCGCUUCGCGCGCAUGUUCCCCACGGCACUGCCCGAGCAGGCCCAGCGCACCAAGCAGCUCCUCCGCGAGGAGCGCAUGCGCCGCGAGGGGCUGACGGAGGAGCAGAUGCGCGCCAUCGAGUACAAGAAGCGCAACCUCGCGCAGCGGCUGUGGUACGGCGAAGAGCCCGAGGACUGGGACGCCAAGAGGGGCGCCGAGCACGCCAAGGCGCUGGCAGAGGGCAAGGGGUUGGGUGACCUGAUCGUUGAGCAGGUCGCCGAGGUCUGGAGCAGCGCGAAGAAGGACGAGAGCAAGAGGGAGGGCGGGGACGAUAACGAUGAUGAGAAGAAGGCGUGA